AUGGCCAGCCUGCAACAGGAGUACCCCCUGGUCCUGCUGGGUAUUCUGGAGGAGCUGGCCGCUAUGCGCCACUGGCUCUCCUUCCAGGACCUGUGUCGAAUGGUCAGCACCCGCUUCGACCUGCAGCACCUCACAGAGCUUAGGAGCCUGCUGUUCUCCGCAGCCUGCCGCGACCCCUGUUUCCCCGCCACCCUCUUCAGAGACAGGGUCACCCCCAAGGGACUGGGGACAUCCCCGAUAGGUGUGGCAGCUGACAUCGUCACCAUAUUCAACCUCAUUCAAAUGACGGGUGGGGCUCCCGAUGAGGCCCAGCCUGCCCAGCCAAUGAAAGCCAAGCCCGCCCCCCACAUCGACCAAUCCCCAGAGCCCUCUUUGCAAAGCUCUUUGCCCAUCACUGACGAGGCGAGAAUCUCCAGACGUGAAAGGGUGCGCACCCUUUCAGACUCUCAGACCCUCUCAGGCCCCAUCGACCCGAGCUUGCUCUGGCCCAAAUCAAAUUACUCGUUCCGCAAGCGUGCCAGUCUCCCUCCCGAUCCCCUCUCUCUGGUCUCCUCAUCCCCUCCGAGCCGUGCCAGGGCUGUGUCUUUCGACUGGCGACACAACACCCCGCUGUUCGCUGGCAGCGGCAGCAUCCCAGGCAUGCAGAGCAUCUACCUCCCCCUGGAGACAGACAGCGAGUCCUCCAAGGAUUCCCUGAGUGGAGACUCGGCACCCAGGGAUCCCGGAUCGGAGCCGGGAUCGGAGCCGGGAUCACAGCCAGGAUCGGAGCGGCAUUCCUGCGUGAAGAAGAGAGACAUCUUCAAGAAGGACUUCCACAACCAGUCACAACUGGUUCCCCAUGUGACCAUCAGUACUGAGUCUCAGACUCCAAGAGGAGGAGUAGGACAAAGAGGGAGGCAGGAACUUUUUUCCAACCGCAGCUUUGAGCUGCUAUCCAACCCGUAUCCUUCUCCAACUGUCGGUAGGUCUUCUCCGGAGCGCCGGGCCAAACAUGAAAGCCUGGACGACCUCCAGGACUCCACGUACUUUGGCCCAGGGGAUACUAUUCAAGAAUGGUCCCCUCUCCACCUCCAACCUCCCAGGGCCCAGAGGCCAGGGUGGGCCGACAAGAGCCUGAGUCUGGACGACAGGGUGGUGGGCUUAGUGGGUGUGGGCUUGGAUGGCUCUGAGGGCUCUCUUCAGGUGAGACUCACUCCCAGCCCCACCACAAACAACCUUGGUGGGGGGUUGUCCCCUCCAAAGGGAUGGGAGGGGACCUCCAUUCCCGCACUUGGAGGAAGGGGGUUGAUGGCCUGUAACAGGGGCACCCAGACCGACACCAUGUCAGACCCGCGGCGCCUGCGCAGCCUGGUGCACGCCGACCGCCUGUCUUUCAUGACCUCGAUGGAUGACCCCGACAUGAUGGGCGAGGAUGACAUCAGCGCCAUCUUCCGCUUCCUGGAUGACAUGAGCAUGUGUGGCUCCACAGGGGUCCUCCACCCCCAUGACGUGGGCCCCUCGGCAGCCCAGGACACCCCGGAGGCGCGGCGCGGCCGCCUGGGCCAGCUCCAGAGGCUCUUUCACUCCCUGGAUGGCAGCGACGACGGUGGGCUCAAGGCCAGCGUGUGUAAACUCCUCCUGAGAAUGGGCCAGAUCGAGCGGCGCCUGGAGUCACUGUCCGAGGUCAAGGCUGAGAUCUCCCAGGUGCUCUCCUUCCUCCAGCGACUGGAUGAGAAGAUACAAGAACAGGCCAUGGGAGGGGGAGGAGGGGGUGGAGGUAGGUGGCUGGGACCGCCCAGUGGUGUUGGGUCUUCCCUAGGUAGCCUGAGCCAUUCGCUCACUCCUGGGUCUGGUGGCUCCUCGGAACCCCAGCCCCUGUCUGUAUCUGGGCAUUCGUUUGGCAGCCUGGACUGGAACCGGUGGGGCAGCAGCCAAAGGAAGACGGAGACAAACGGAGGUCUGAGCGAGACCGAAGGGGGGAAGAAGGUGGUGCUCUCUCGGCUGGCCUCCUCCAAGCCUGAGGAGAAGAGUGGCGUAGACUCCAAACGGCCGAGCGUCGUCUCCAACUCGUCUGCGCGGGAUUGGACGGUGUCAUUCUCGAAAAGUAAAGACGUCAAGGCCCAGCCUGGAAAAAAACGACAGGUGAUGUAUGACCUUAGUCAGUGCAACAGUGUAUGUGAGUGUGUGUGUGUGAGUGUGUGUGUGUGUGUGUGUGUGUGUGUGUGUGUGUGUGUGUGUGUGUGUGUGUGUGUGUAAGUAUGCACACAUUAAUUCGUUUUGAAUACUCAAAUCUAAAGCAGAGUCAGACAUGUAAUUAGCUGGCCUGUUGGUCAGACUGUGGUUUAGGUGGUCAGUUGUUUACAUAGUUGAUUAGUAUAACCCAUGGCUCUUUUAAUGUCAGUGCAGGACUGCCUUUCAUUGUACACUCGUCAAAAAAAGGGUUCAGCUGUCCCCAUAGGAGAAACCUUUUUGGUUCCAAGUAGAACCCUUUUGGGUUACAUGUAGAAUCCUCUGUGGAAAGUGUUCUACAUGGAGCCAAAAAGGUUUUUAACUGGAACCAAUAAGGGUUCUUCAAAUGGUUAUCCUAUGGGGACAGCUGAAGAACCCUUUUAGGUUCUAAAUAGCACCUUUUUUUUCUGAGAGUGCAAUCAGUAAUCUUCCACUUAGGACAAGAAGGCAAGAGAAAGUCUGCUUGUGUGUAUCCAGUUUGUUCACACGUUUAUUCCAAUAUGACAACUUCUGUUUCUGCCUUUACGUUUGCUCUAUUUUUCUCUCUUCCUCCUUCGCUCUUUCACAUCUUUGACUCAAUCCCUCCAUGCAGAUGGACCAAUCAAACAACUCCGCCCAGAGUCAUAAGCUCCCCCCUCAAAAACACUCCCAACUGGUGGAACCGGUGUUCAGUUCCUCUCUCUUGCGUCAGAAGGGUGGUGGGUUGACCAAUCCCGGGUUGUCCUCUGGGCUGCCCUGUGACCCCAGAUUGGAUGGGGGGAGAGGAGGAGCCCCGGUCUGGACCGUGGAGGAGAGAGAGGCCAGAAUGUCCCCUCUGGACCUACAGGUACAUUAGGAUCUUAUUGGCCUUUUGGUAACACUUUCCUUUAAUACAACCACAGGCCACAUUUAAUCAUUUAAUCAGCUUGCAGGCCGUAUCUGGCCCGCCGGCCCCCAGUUUGAGACCCCUGCUUUCCAAGAGGAAAUGUUUUGUUGUUAUUAUGAGCACUUACAAUGUCUUAUUAUAAGCUUAAAUGUAUGAAUAUGCUGUCAAUAUUCAACAGACUGAAAACAGAUGUUAUUCAGUCAUCUGAAAACAGAUGUUAUUCAGUCAGGGUCUUGUGAUGCACUAUAACUGCAUCAUAAUGCAUUAGGUAAAGUUUCACAGAGCUUUCUCCUAAAAUGAUAUAAACCAGGAUUAGUCAUUGAAUCUUCAGAAAAUAUAUCUGAACUGGGAUCCAAAUGGAACUCCCAGUGAAUAAGACUUUUAAUGAAACAACUGGAACGGUUAUCUAUCUGACUCUCUAACAUCUGGCAUGAUAGAGCGGUGGUGACCUAAUGUUUUGUCUCGUAGGCCCAGGAGCCUCUAAACCCCAAUAACCUGGAGUUUUGGAUGGAGGACAUCUACACGCCAGGUUACAACACACUGCUUAGGCGCAAAGAGGCCGACCAGCGCAGAGCCAAAGCCUGCAAGCUGGGGGCGCUCAUCUUCACAGCCAUUACCAUAAUCCUUGUCAUCGUCAUCCCCAUCGCCACCAUGAGCUCCUGA